AUGAUACGGUCGAGCUUCAGGCGAGUGCCUUUCGCAUGCUCCCUCCGGAAUCUAGCCAGUGCAGGACUUCCUUGCGUCUCUUCAAUCCGACGCCAUUCCGGCAGCAAAGCCAGUCCUCGGGCGCAUUUCUCGACACCGACACUCGACUCUCCAGGCAAGUAUCAUUGGAUUGAUGGCGUGGAGCGCCUGGAUUUGUACGAGCCUGGUGGCUAUCACCCGGUCAUGAUCGAUGACUUUUUACAUGAUCGCUAUCGAAUCGUGGACAAAUUGGGCCACGGUGGCUAUUCCACCGUCUGGCUUGCUCGAGACGAAACAGCCAAGCGAUAUGUCGCCGUUAAGAUUGGUAUCUCGAGCCCGUCACCAUCACGGCGAGAACCCGACAUUCUUCAGGCCCUACAUGCCUCAAUUUCAAGCUCGAUCGAUGCAAGUCAACGCACGGCGCUACCCAGCAUCUCGGAUGCGUUCGACAUCCAUGGACCGAACGGCACACAUACAUGCUACACAUUGACUCCCGCUCAAGGCAAUCUGAAAGCGGCAUCGUUCAGUCGGCUCUUUCCCAUUCAAGUCGCUCGCGCUUUGGCUGCGAAACUCGCUACUACAAUCGCAUUCGUUCAUGCACGAGGCUUUGUUCAUGGAGUUCUAGAUCUCCACCUUCGAAAUGUGCUGGUGGGUCUUCCAUCGAUGUUCGACGACCUCUCCAUCGCAGAAUUCAGAGAGAAAUUUGGACAGCCAGACAUGGUUCCUAUCACUCGGAUCGAUGAGAAGCCCCUCACCCCCAACAUCCCAACACAAGCCGUAGUGCCUCUUUACCUGGGAAAGAAAGCUCAAGAUUUCACCUUGCACGACGCCUACGGCUUGAUUCUCAGCGACUUUGGCGAAGCGUUCUCUCCAGCGACGGAGCAGCGCCUCGGCAUGGAAGCCAACAUUCCUCUGGCUAAUAGAGCACCCGAGGCUCUUUUUGAGCCAAACGAACCGUUGUCGUAUCCAUUCGACAUCUGGAGUCUUGGACUCGCCAUUUGGGACAUACUAGGCAUGAAAUCCAUCUUUAGCGAGGCUGAGACGCAUGACGAGAUUGUGGCUCAACAGAUUGAUGUCCUGGGGUCUGGACAUUUCCCUGAUAGCUGGAGGAUGCAAUGGGAACGGCAAGGCGAGGACGAGGAGUGCACCAACAUUGCGAUACCUCGACGGCCGACCGGCGAUCGAGAAACGUGGCCAAGUCUGGAGCACGCAUUCGAAGAAUUUGUGCAAAAGUACAGAAGGAAACGGGAGGCCGCUGGGAGUUUUGGAGAGGAUGAGACCCGGGCCAUUCUCGAUCUGAUUCGCGGCAUGCUGCGGUUUCGACCCGAGGAACGACUGACGAUAGAGGAUGUGCUCAGGUCUGAGUGGAUGCUGAACUGGGCAUUGCCUGAGCUAGAGCAAUGA